ACCACGCAUGGCAUGGCCAUGGUUGGACAAGUGGGCUUUGCAUGCAUAGGAGGAAUUCUCGGCAUCUUUUGGGGAACAGGCUUCUUGGAGUUCAUGUUUUGGUCUUCGUUCUUCGUCUCGUUAUCCUUACUUCUGUCUCACUUGGUGAACGCGACCCAAAGUCUGGAGACCGCCUUUCCAUGGCUGAUCAAAGUGGAAUUGGGAUACGCCCUCAUUUGGGGUUGUCUGACGACUCUCGCCGCCGUUUUAGCAUUCCUCUUCUUUGGCUUGUAUAUCCUGCCCGCCUUAAUAGGAUUUGCAUUGGCCUUGUGCUUUUUCGUGGAUCUCUUCUUCAAGUACCGGAAUUACACAAGGGUGAUCGAACCUACACCUACCACAGGUGGGCCGGCUUAGACGGUUGUUAUGGCUAAGUGUUCGUCCCACAUGUGUGUUAUCCGUCCAGCAACUUGUGUCCUUUCCAGAUGACAGACUUCUCCACGUUUGUUUACACCAUUGAAAAUGAUCUGAUGUAUUUUAACACCAUAUAUUUAUAACGAUCUCUGUCCAGAAUAAAGAUUUUACUUACCCUUUA